AUUCCAUUACAUUACAUUACUUGGCUUUUACUUGUUUUGGACGCUGAGAUGGAAAUGGGAGACCCCCGAAUAUUUUCCAUCUCACAGCGCCUCCUCCUCCUCCUCCUCAUCCUCUCAACGCGUCCCUACGACGAAUCCCUCUACCAAAGUUCGCAUCUUUAUCAUCGAUUGUUGCAUUUGUGAACGAUUGAUUCGAGGCCCAAAUCCCCUUCUCCGAUCGUUGAGAGGUCAAGAGGAUUGAGUGAAGCAGUGCAUGAAGGUAUUGGGUUGGAUUAUUCUUAUCAGCGCGAAAAUCAAAUAUGAACCAAUUCCAUAAUCAAAGAAUAACUGGGUCUGUUUCCUCACCAUUGCCCAUUAUACCUUCCCCUAUCGAAGAGAGGUAUCCGAAAACGCUGGAUUCUCAAUCGUUUUUUCUCGAAAGAGAGCUUAGAAGCAACCCUGUGAACCCAGUUCAAACUCCUUUUGUAUCCAACAAUGGGAUUUUUGGGCCAUUACCGUCAUCGGAUUUGGAUGCAGCGUAUAUUUCAGAAUCAUCUAAUUUUAAUGCUUCAUAUCCAUCGUCAUACUCAUCAUAUCCAGGAACAGAUCAACCUUCAGUGAGUAAUUAUCCAAAAGAAUCCACUGAACUUGCAUGGCAUCCAGAGCCUCUUCAAAGAGUACUUGAUUAUCCCGAUAAUCCCAAUUUUGGUAACAAUUUAAGCCAUGGCGUUAAUGUUAUGGCCUCUGAUGAGAUUAAUAAGCAAAGCGAGUGGUCAGAUUUGAUGGAUUUUAUGAACGGAAACUGGGGAGAGCUUCAGGGUGAUACAAACACCACCGAAUCUAAGCCUGAGGUAGCUCUUCCAGCAGAUCAGGCACCUACAAGCUUCUCAGUUCACCAUCCACAAACUCAUCCAUCAGUUCCUUCCAAUUCCAAUGAUCUUUCAGCUGUUGCUAGUCCCUCAUCUUCUGCAACUGCUGCUCCCAUCAAGGCACGUAUGCGGUGGACGCCGGAACUCCAUGAGCGCUUUGUAGAAGCCGUAAACCAGCUUGGUGGUAGUGAAAAAGCAACUCCUAAGGGUGUACUGAAGCUGAUGAAGGUUGAAGGUUUGACCAUAUACCAUGUGAAAAGCCACCUUCAGAAAUAUCGAACAGCUCGAUAUAAGCCAGAAUCAUCAGAAGGAACAUCAGAACAGAGGGUCAUCCAAGUUGAAGAAACAAAGUCUCUAGAUUUGAAGACAGUUACGGAGAUCAAUGAGGCAUUGCGGGUCCAGAUGGAAGUCCAGAAACAACUUCAUGAGCAGCUUGAGAUUCAGAGAAAACUGCAGUUGCAAAUAGAAGAACAAGGGAGAUAUCUUCAGAUGAUGUUUGAGAAUCAAAACAAGAGUAUCCACAAGCUUAAGGAAUCGGCUAGUUUGGAGAUUCCUAUUGACAGGAUGGAAAUAUCUGAAAAAGAUCAUUCUGAAACAGAGAAUCACCUUCACGAUAAAGGGGCAGCAGAAGAAGUAUCUAAAAAUAAAAUGCCCAAAAAUGACGAUGGUAAAAUCUAGUGUUGAUUUUCACUCCAUACUGUUCAAGAAGUCGAGAAGUGCUAUGCAGAUUGACGAGCAAGUUGACUAACCAAAUCAUGCUGGCAGAUGGUUCUCCUUUUUUCCCCUCAGAAUAUUGGACUUCUAGACAUGCUCAGGAAAUGGAUACCAAAAAUAGAAUUCUGAGAUGAUGAGCAGGCCUAAAUUAUGCAGAAAUUAAUGAUUCAUAUUUGUAAUGGAUGGUUGGAUGUAUACUAUUCUGUGAAUAAAAGGGAUUAGGGAUUUAAAGGUUUAAUUUGUAGUGAGUGACCAUACUUUACUGAUCAAUUCUGCUGAGGCAAUUCCUAUUGUAAA